AACACUUCAGCCACAGCCGAGAAAGCAGCACAGACAGAGAAGGAGACGGACACACCGAGGCGACUCAGAUAUGUGGAAAACAACGGCAGGAUGACGAGAAGCGUCUCCGUGGACACAAAGAUGAUCCUUUAAUGACGUAGGCAAGUACUUGUUUGCAUCUGGUGUUCGUACACUGGUUAGAAGAAGAAGAGGAAGAAGAAAGAAGAACAGAAGAAGAAGUGCGGUCCGGUCCGUCGCGCCUCCGUGUCCCCGCGCGCGCAGACGUCCUGGAGGCGCGCAGUGUCCGCUUCAGCACCUGGAGGAGAGGACAGUUCCGUAACCGUCUGCGCAUCCACCAAACAAAUUCCAACAAAAACUCCGCAUGUAGCUUUUAACAUCAGCACUUCCAGUUUGACACGGUGCCUGACAAGUCUGGAAGAAGUCUGCAGACCCGCCGACGGACAGAUCCGCGACUGACCGUGUGCUCAAUAUGUACCAGGGGCAUUUACAGGGGAAAGACUCUAGGGCUGCAGAUAAGACUGUUGCCAUGGUCCUGAAGGAGAUACCAAGUAAGGCGUCAUCAGAAGGGAAGCCCCUCCUCACAGUGACUACCAAGCUGGUGAGUGAGCAACAAGAGAGCCGCCCUCUUCUAAGCCCUUCCAUCAACGAUUUUCUCUGUGAGACCAAGUGUGAUGGGGUUUCCCGCCCAGUGACUUCCAACACAGCCGUUCUGUCUUCAACACUGGACCUCCUGGAUCUCAGUGAACCUGGAGAAAGGAGGAACAGCAGGGACAGAAAGAGUCCCCUGUCAUCCCGGGGCAACAGCCAGAAGAACACACCCCACAGGAAGAAAACAGAUGAAACGGAGCUGAUCCAGGUGGAAGUGGAGCAGACAGGACCCAAUAUGCGAACUCCAGAGAGAGCGUCGCUAGAUUCAGUUACCAUUGGAUCACCACUAGAUAAAUGGGAAGAGCUGAACCCAAACCCAGAGAGAAACGGCAACCGAAAAUGGAAGUUGGAGAGACGACGUUCAUCGAAAAACUCAUCUAAUGAGUUUCUGUGGUCCAUAGACUGUAAAACCCAAUUAGAGCCAUCGAAUAAGAACUUGGAAACAAAUACCAAAGCUGAGCCAGAGUCUGCUCUAGCAUCACAACUCAACAGGCAGUAUAUUAGUGGAAGACAUGCUCGCCUUACAAAGGAGCAGCGGUGGGGCAGUGCCCUCCUGUCUAGACAUCAGUCCCUGGAGGAAGAGUUUGAGCGAGCCAAGGCUGCCGUUGAGUCAGAUACUGAGUUCUGGGAUAAGAUGCAGGCAGAGUGGGAGGAGCUUGCUCGACGGAACUGGCUGACGGAGAAUGAGCAGGCACAGAUCCCCUCCAGUGUGUCUCCACAUGAGAAGGGUUACUACUUCCACACAGAUAAUCCUUAUAAGGACUUACCGAACGCAUUUGAAGAAGGUUUGAAAAAGUCUCGAGAGGGAGAUUUGCCAAACGCUGUGCUUAUGCUGGAAGCAGCUGUGCUACAAGACCCUCACGAUUCAGAGGCCUGGCAAGUACUGGGGACCACCCAGGCUGAAAAUGAGAAUGAGCAGGCAGCGAUUGUCUCCCUCCAGAGGUGUUUGGAGCUCCACCCCAACAACCUCCCAGCCCUCAUGGCCUUGGCCGUGAGUCUCACCAACACUGGAAUGCGUCAUGAUGCCUGCGAGGCCCUGCUUCGCUGGCUGCGGCACAAUCCCAAGUACAAACACCUGCUGAAGGGUAAAACUCACCUGAUGGGGUCCCCGACCUCUCAACGGAGAAUGUCUCAUGCUCCCAACAUCAACAGAUAUGAAAGCUCCUUGCUACCCGAGGUCAGGGAGCUCUUCCUGGAAGCAGUUCAGCACAACUCUGACAGCAUCGACCCGGAUUUGCAGACAGGCCUCGGGGUGCUCUACAACCUCAGCGGAGAGUUUAACAAAGCUGUCGAGGCCUUCAACACAGCCCUGUCAGUGCGGCCUGAGGACUAUUUGCUGUGGAACCGCCUGGGAGCAACACUGGCCAAUGGAGACCGGAGUGAGGAGGCGGUUGAAGCCUAUACACGGGCCCUGGAGCUGCAGCCAGGCUUCAUUAGAUCCCGCUACAACUUGGGCAUCAGCUGCAUCAACCUGGGAGCACACAGGGAGGCGGCCAGUAACUUUUUGACUGCCUUAAGUCUCCAGAGGAAAAGCCGGAGUCGGCAGCAGUCCCACCAGGUGAUGUCUGGAAACAUCUGGGCUGCUCUGAGGAUAGCUUUAUCCAUGAUGGACCAGCCAGAACUCUUCCAGGCUGCAAAUAUUGGCGACCUGGAUCUUCUCAUGCGGGCCUUCAACUUAGACAUUUGAGGAAAAGGAGGCAGCGAUGAUUACGUCUCACCCUCCUUAAUUCUACCCAACAGCCAAAAGCCCAAAGUGCACACAUGACUUCAGGAUGGAGCUGAUCCGGUGUUGGAGACCGAGACCAUAGUGUGGUUUUUAUGCACAUCAAUAUGAACUAGAGUCGUCAAAGACAUUCUAUUUCUUUGUCUUUUUUUUUUUUUGCGCCCAAGUACCUUGAAGCAGUUCUGACGACAGGUUCUUCCAAGUGUAUGGAACAAUGAAUUUGCACUGCAAAUUGUGAUUUCCCUGAAGAGCACAAGGACGGGCAAAGAUUGGAUGAGCAAUGCCUUAGAGAACACAUCAAUUAAAAACUGACUCAUCCAGUGGAACAGAGCUGAGCCAGUACAGACAGACAGAUGGACGAACAGGCCAUAGAAAAACUCACCCAGACCAAGUCUCAUAUGCUAUUUCCCAAGAAGGAGAGGGAAUACAAAAAAGGUUUCAUUAUCUAUUUACCUUCAAAGACUCUAGUCUAUGUCACUGUCAUGAAAGGAGGGUUCAGUCAGCAGAUGAUAAAGACUGACCUGGACUUCCACAUCCUGGUCCGGCCUCGUUUUCAUCCUCUCCACCCUUUAAUGGAGAAUAAUGGUACUGCAUGAAUAAGCAUUUUGGAUUCUUGUAAAAUUGACAUACUUUUAGAAUUUCCCUUUGCACUUCAUACAAGUAUAACUUCCUCAUUCAAGUGGAAUGUGCAAGCCAGAUUGUAAAGCCUUACAUAAGUGCAUGCGAACAACAAUAUUUAUUUAUACUAUUUUUAUGGCAACACAAAAACACUAAGCCAUUUUCAGACUGGUUUCGAGUACUUUAAUAACUGCCGUCUUCUGAACUUGAAAGCUUUAUAUGAGCCUCUGAUUUAGGUUUUGUUUUUUUGGUUUUGUUUUUUCUGGGAUCCUCGCCCUGGGUCUUUGUUCCCUUUAUCCAGCCUGGUUGAAGAAACACACACAAAAAGCAGCAACAUCAGCCUUCAUUAACUUUGAAACUUGGUCACGUAAAAAGAGUGAAAUAUCUGCUUCAUCUUGAAUAUUUGAUGUGGGUUUGGCAGGCAUGUGAUUGAACCUUUACAUACUGUUCAUAUAUGGUCUAAGACCCCCAAAACUAGGGUCAGUAUCUCAUUUGGAACCACACAUGUAUUUAGAAUCUGGGAAUAAGCCUAGUGGACAUUAACCAAUCAUCUUUAAUUCAUGUUUCUGAAAGUAGAAACAGGGUAUUUGAAAGGGUUUAUCCAACUCAGUCACACAUUAUCAUGUCCUAUUUUAACUAAGACACAAAAAUGUAACAGCCAUGAAGAUUUAACCCUCAUAGACCCAGAAGAGUGUUUGUGACGGCUGGCUCUCUGAUACUUAUUUUGGUUUGUGAAAAUAUAUGGUAGCAGACAACAUCAUAAAUGCAAAUCCACCAAGAGUAACUGUGGAUGUUAAUAAAGCUCCUCAAAUGUAACCUUAUGUUACUUGUGUAGUUAAACACAGUGCCAAUUUGGCAAAGACAAUUUAAUUCAUACUCCAUUUAAGUAAAUCACAGGUGGAGGAACCUGUACAGAGGUAUAAUGGGCUGAACAGGACUAAACGUUGUUACCUGUGGUAUUUCAAGCAGGUAAAUUGUCUGCUUUACGUUCAUUCUGGAGUUCUGAAAGCGGCUCAAUAUCACACUAGUCACCGCAGCAACCGAGCAAAAAUCAUCCAAUCAUGAAAGGG